CCCCCAAGCGCCGCGGCCCGGGCCCGGCCCCUCCGCGGAUGGCGGAGCCGCGGCCGCUCUUCGACGACACCAGCGGCGGCCGCCCCCCCCCCCACGGCCCGGCCCGGGCCUACGGGGCCCCCCCGGCGGCCCCCCCGGCGUCCUCCGCAUCCCGCCUGCCCCCCCCCGCCGCCGCCUUCCUGGCCGAGCCCGUGUCCAGCCUGGCCGCCGCCUACGGCAGCAGCUUGGCCAGCCAGGGCCGGGACAUCGUGGACCGGAACCUCGACCGCUUGGUGCCCGUGGGCCGCCUGAAGUAUUACUUCGCCGUGGACACGGUGUACGUGGGCAGGAAGCUGGGGCUGCUCUUCCUGUUCCUAUUCCCAAUCCCAAUCCUAAUCCCAAUCCCACAGGACUGGCAGGUUCGCUACCAGCAGGACGCGCCGGUCGCCCCCCGCUUCGAUGUCAACGCCCCCGACCUCUACAUCCCGGCCAUGGCCUUCAUCACCUACCUGCUGGUGGCCGGGCUGGCACUGGGCACCCAGAACAGGUUCUCCCCGGACAGCCUGGGGCUGCAGGCGAGCUCGGCGCUGGCCUGGCUGCUGCUGGAGGUGCUGGCGGUGCUGCUCAGCCUCUACCUGGUGGCGCUGCCCACCGACCUCACCACCAUCGACCUCGUGGCUUUCGCCGGCUACAAAUACGUGGGGAUGAUCCUCGGGCUCCUCUCCGGGCUCCUCUUCGGCAGCACCGGUUUCGUGGUGCUGAGCUGGUGCUGCCUCAGCAUCUUCGUCUUCAUGAUCCGCACGCUGCGCCUCAAGCUGCUGUCGGAGGCGGCGGCCGAGGGGGUGCCGGUGCGCGGUGCCAAAAACCAGCUGCGCAUGUACCUCACCAUGGCCGUGGCCGCCGCGCAGCCCCUGCUCAUGUACUGGCUCACCUUCCACCUCCUCCGUUAGCGGGGGGCCCCCCCGGACCCCCCCCCCAUCGGCCGGGACCCCCUCCCGGUGCCCGGUUUGAUGCUGGGAUCCCCCCUUCCCCUGCCCCCAUCCCGACCCCGGAGCACGGUUCCCUGUUGGGGUCUGCCCGGCCCGGCCCCGGUUUUGUCAAUACAGGAGCUGGGGGGGA